UGUGGUUCAUUUUUAUCCCACCACGACGCGCGCGCAAUCGCUGCGAAACCCCUAGCCGUGCUUCUCCCAUCUUCGUCCCUUUCUUUGUCUCGGGGUUUUGCUUGAGUCAUUUAAAUUGACUCUACCCUUAUAGCUAUAUCUGCAUGCUCAAUGUGACGCACUUGGCUGCGGAAACCCGGCCUACACGAAGGAACGAAAGAGAGGCCGUUUGUUAGCGCUUCGGACAAACAGCGCUGUACGCAGUACAUCAUCCCUACUCGAUCGCUUGUUUGCAUCCCGCGCCUUGCCGUAGAUAUAAACAGAGACAUCAACUACCACACAUACGUUACGGGGUAAAGCGGGUCAGUUGAAAAAAGAAAAGAAAAAUACACACACACACACAAAACUUGUCUCAAACAUGGUCGCGCUGAUCCGCGACACACGAGUCAUCUUUCGUGUGUGUUGGCGUCUGCCAGACCGGGGACUGAUGUUAAUGAAGAAAAAAAUGUGCGUAACCGAUCAAAUUGCUAGUGUCAGUUAUUGAGGCGUUACACGACCUAGCGGUGAUGUUCGGCUCAUAACGUAUGGGUUUUAGUGUUCUUUUGUUUUUCUAACAAUUUUUUAAAAAUUGUUUUUUUUUUAAUCGGUAAAUUACCUACUUUUUGUUUCGUUAAAAAAACGGCUAAUUUACUUACAGAAAAAAAUAAUAACUGAGGAUGCACCUACGCACAUGGCGUCUUCUACUUUUGCGUGUGUAUGUGUGCGUGUUUCUCGCAUACUCUAUCAUAGGUUUAAUAAUAGAUUGUUAUGGUGUAUUGGGAUAGUGUGAGCAAAGUUGCCCAAAUGGAAGAAAAUAUUUUUAAUAACAAAAAAAAUGUUCUUUCAAAUAACCGUAACGGCACCGAUUGCUCACCUGCCCACCGUUUUGCUAUUUGCGUUAGUAUGACACCUACACAUAGAGUCGGGCGCCCGUUAUGUGGGGGGUGCGUUACUACGGGGAAGUGAUCGUACGCAUAUGUGUAACGCUGUUUAUGGCGACGCACACACACACGCUUAAUGUUGCUUUUGCAUUUCUCGAUUAUCGUUUUCAUUCAACACAUGUGCUGCAGUGUACCAGAUUGUAAAGUGAAAAAACCACAAAAUACUCUCGUUUGGUUUGUGUGGUGCAAUCCCUCACAACCUACGAUCUGUAACCACCUCCGCAUUAAAAACGACACAGUCUCCGGCCACCAUCACAAUGUGGUAACGCCAUAUGGUGUUUUUCGUACGGUAAAGAACAUACUUCGAAUGGUUUUAGUUCUGUUUCGAUUAAAUAAUUUUUAACAAUUAAGCACCAAUAAGGAACUCAAACUCACAACCACAAUCAAUUCCAUAAAGUGGGGUUAGAUAUACAAGAAAAAAUCCUGAUCGAUCCUCAAUAUCGUCUACAAUCAAAACUUCCAAAAACUUCGUCGCAAUCAAUCUCUUCCAACUACUGGUAGCUGUCAAGUACGAUGUAUAGUACACGUCCGCUAGGGGGCGCCACCAUGAUGGUGAUAGUGUUUGCAGUGAUAGCCAUCAUGGCUGACCAUGCAGCGGGUCAGCUCUCCACAUACCAGUUAACGACCUGUCCGGGCAAAACGACCUGCAGUCAGUGUAUCCAAACGACUAACUGCCGUUGGUGCACGAUGCCCAACUUUACCCAUCCGCGCUGUCACGGUCAGAUCGAGAAAUACUGCCCGGAAGAGUAUACCGUCGAUCCGAGCAACACGUUUCAGCUGAUACAGGGCCGGGAGCUGACGAAACCUUCGAAGCGUUUGCUGGAGGGUCAGAGUGAGCGGGAAUCGUACUACUCCUCGAGCCACUAUCAGUCGUCUUCGUCCUCCACGUUCCAUCAGUCAUCCUCAUCGUACGAAUCGGAAUCCGCUGCUGGAAGUAUCGUACAGAUAUCACCUCAACGUGUCAGCCUAAAGCUACGAUUGAACGAAGCGUUCCGGUUCAAUGUGAACUACGCCCAGGCAGAGGAUUAUCCCGUCGAUCUGUACUAUCUGAUGGAUCUCUCCAAAUCGAUGGAAGACGAUAAAACGAUCCUGUCCACGCUUGGAGCCGAUCUUGCGUCCGAGAUGCGAAAGAUUACCAACAAUUUUAAGCUCGGCUUUGGUUCGUUCGUCGAUAAGGUGCUCAUGCCAUACGUGUCGACCGUACCGAAGAAACUGGAGCAUCCGUGCGAUGGAUGCAAUGCACCGUACGGAUAUCUACAUCAUAUGUCGCUUAGUUCGGACUCCAACCUGUUCACCCAAGAGGUACAGCGUGCGAAUGUGUCGGGAAAUUUGGACGCACCGGAAGGUGGUUUCGAUGCGAUCAUGCAGGCGAUCGUGUGCCGGGAGCAGAUUGGAUGGCGCGAAAAGGCACGCCGUUUGCUGCUGUUCUCCACCGAUGCUGGGUUUCACUAUGCCGGCGACGGUAAACUCGGUGGCGUUAUUACACCGAACGAUGGCGAUUGCCAUCUGGACCAUAACGGGCGUUACACACAUUCGACGACGCAAGACUAUCCGAGCAUCUCGCAGAUCAACCUGAAGGUGAAGCAGAACGCGAUCAACGUUAUUUUUGCCGUGACAGCGGAGGAGCUGUCCGUGUAUGAGCAGCUGUCCCGGCUGGUGGAAGGUUCAUCCGCUGCUAAGCUUUCGAACGAUUCGUCCAACAUCGUAUCGCUAGUGAGAGAUCAAUACGAUAAAAUUUCGUCGUCUGUCGAGAUGAAGGACAACCGUACGGAUAAUGUGAUCGAUGUAAAGUAUUAUUCGCGCUGUCGCAAUACGAACGGUGCGCUCCAGCAGACGAGUCGCUGCGAAGGGCUGAAGGUAGGCGAUGUCGUAACGUUCGAGGCGCACAUAACGCUGCUGCAAUGUCCGAGUGAUCCGCGCGACUGGAACCAGGUGUUGCAGAUCUAUCCGGUUGGUAUUAAUGAAAGUUUGACGGUGGACAUCGAGAUGCUGUGCAGCUGCCCGUGCGAACAUCCGUCCGAUCCGGAGUACCGUGAGCGUGCGGAUGAGUGUAGUAACGCCGGUACGUACAAGUGUGGUAUUUGCGAGUGUGACGGUACCAAUCAUGGUCAGCGUUGCGAAUGUUCCGCGCUGGACAGUUUGCUCGAGCCGGGCAUGGUGGAUGCGUGCCGGAUGUCGAACGCAUCGGAGGAAUGUAGCGGCCGUGGACAGUGCGUGUGUGGCGUGUGCGUAUGUGAGCGACGCCCGAAUCCGGACGAGCUGAUCGAGGGACGGUACUGCGAGUGUGAUAACUUCUCCUGCGAUCGCCCUGGUGGUUUACUUUGCUCCGGUCCGGACCAUGGACGGUGCGUGUGCGGACAGUGCGAAUGUCGGGACGGCUGGACCGGACCGGCCUGUGACUGCAGGGCGAGUAACGAAACGUGUAUGCCACCGGGCGGUGGUGAGCUCUGCUCUGGACAUGGUACGUGCGAGUGUGGCACCUGCCGAUGUACCGUAACGGAGGAUGGCCGUUAUACGGGGCGUUACUGCGAAAAGUGUCCAACCUGUGCUGGACGGUGUAACGAGUUCAAACACUGCGUCCAGUGUCAACAGUACAAGACGGGUCCGUUAGCUACUGGGAACGAGUGUGCCACAAACUGCACCCUGUUCGUACCGAUACCGGUGGAAAAGGUAACAAUCGACGAAGAGCGUAACGAUAACAAGUGCACCUUUUUCGACGAGGAUGACUGUCGGUUCGAAUUUUCGUACAACGAUAGCGACCAGGAUAAGGUGGUUGUGACGGCCCAAGAGGAGCGUGACUGUCCACCGAAGGUGUUUAUGCUCGGUAUCGCACUAGCCGUCAUUGCUGUGGUCGUACUAAUCGGUAUGGCCGUGCUGCUGUUGUGGAAGGUACUCACCUCCAUCCAUGAUCAGCGUGAGUUUGCACGGUUCGAAAAGGAGCGCAUGAUGGCUAAAUGGGAUACGGGUGAAAAUCCAAUUUACAAGCAGGCGACAACAACGUUUAAAAAUCCAACGUACGCCGGCAAGUGAAUGACAGAUACUACCAGCUAACGCACCAUCCAUCAAACCACCAUCAUAAACCACGUUUAGUUACUGUGACUGAACGGCUAAACUGUCAGCAACGUCAAACGUGUGUAACGCCGUGUAACGCACCACUCGCUAGUGACAACUAUCUCAUGAAACUGUACGCGGAACAGUUGUGGGCGUGGCUAUAGUUUGAAGAAGUAUUCUAACGAUGAAGAUCCCACAAUUGCCUUAAGUAGUAUUCUGUACCAUGCUACAGACACAGCCAAACUGCGAUUUAUAGCACCGUGGACGAAAUAACGGUUGCUAACGCAUCACUAACGCUAGAAGCUGACAAAGUAAAAAAAAAACCGACAACGAUUUACCGUAAUCGACUCCAGGCGAACGUAAAAGCAAUAUUUUCAACCUCAACGCUCUGUGUGCAGUGAAUUCGAGUGAUUGGCUGGUUUGACUUUUACCGUACAAAGUGUAAAAGUGUUUACGAUGAACAAAGGUAGAAUAAUUUGGUUUCGAAACGAAUUCAUCUGUCUCUAGUCUGUCGUGCGUUAGGGAUUUGUGUUUAGCCUUUUGCGGAAGAACCAUAUUUCGGUUCGUUCCACUAACAAGAUAUUAAAUUUUAGUGACGUUUCCGUACCGUCAUAUAUCUAAAUGUAGUUUUAACUUUCUGUUUUUUUUUCUUCUCCCUGUAUGAAGUAUGAAGUUUCCCGUUUUUAAACUAGCGAAGCGAUGCGAUUAAAGUUAAAAAUUUGUCACAAAAUUAUAAAAAUGGAUUAAAAAUGUUAAACACAUAAGCCAUAAACGAAAAAACAAGUCCAGCAAACGAAUGCAAACGAUAAGAAAAUGGACGCAAAAACAAAACAAUCAAACGUCAAAGCACAAACAGAGCUAGUAAGGUAGUAGAAAAGUAUAACUAUAAAAUUGCAUACAAAACUGCAUAAAAGGUUUUGAGCCAUAAUAAGGUUCGCUUCGCUUUUGACAAUCUAGCAUUUGUUUUUUUUUAACGAAGAUAACGCUCCUAAGUGCACUUACGAAUCGUAACUGUAGUGGCCAAUAAUGAGAAGCAAACAUCAAAAGCAAUUAAACUUUUAUAAACUAAAAAAAAUCAACAGGAAUCAUCGUGUGCCAUCGAAUUUUUGAUACAAAUUUGCCAAACGAAUUUCAAUUCACCAACUAAUGCGCAUGUAUGUGUGCGCAACAACGAAGCGAAAUGUCAUUUUUUAUGCUUUUUUUUAACAUUUCUUUUUCUUGCUUUGCAUAUUCAUCUUUUAUCUUACCUUUUAUAGUUGGAUGAAUGGUAGUGAAUCUAAUUGGAUAUUUUGAUGGUUGCUAUAAAUGUGGAAGACGGUUUGUACUAGCUUACUAGCGACAAUUGUAGGACGAAAAGAUAUAUUCUACAUCCAAAUAUGAUAGAAAAUGAUGUUCUAAUGCUGAGGUACUCGAAUCGCGUUUCGGCAAAAAAUCAUGUUUAUCUGCAUACUCAGUAACCGUUUCGGGCAGAAUUUGUUUAAUAGUUAAAUAAUUAAUUAGUGUUGUUCCCGUUUCGAGCUAGGUUACUAACUAAUAGACAAAAUCCGUCAUCUUAUUUUUAUAUUUAAAACAACACAUUCGGCACAAAAGAGAACGUCGAACACAUCGAGGGGAUACUAUAUAGGAUAAGAUUGACGAAAAGAAAAAAAAAAUGCAAAUGUGUUCAUUCUUAUCGCAAACUAUGUGGUGGAAGAAGUAACGGACGCGAGAUACCUAGUAGGUUGAGAGUUAAUUCCACUAACGAUAUGAACUACAAGACUAAUUUUGCCAUGUACUCUGUUUGCCAAAAAAAAAAUCAUGUUCGCAAAGAAAACAAUACAAAACUCUCGAAGUUCAACCGUCCGAAAGUGAAACGAACGAAGUUCCAAGCAUAACGCAUCUUCCCCGUUGGAACAAGAGAGCAUAUAUUGGAUCCUGGUCACGGCACCAAAAAGGGCCGUAAACGUAAUAUUUUUUCCCCUUUCAUUCGCUAGCGUCGGAACAGGCAAAGCAAAACAAAUUAACUAAGACGUCUUUCAAAUAACGAGCCUUACACAUUAGUGCCUUUCUUUAGUCUAACCUCGUUAUGCUUGAUUACUGUAAAUAAUUUAUUGUCAGUGUGUAUUUCAACCUUUUUUUACUUAAGUUGCGUAAAAAACAACAGUGGCUUGUACUAUUAACGAAUUUUUAGCUAAAAAAAAUACAAAAACAAAAAAUUAUAUAUAUAUUGAAGCAGUCUUAAAGCAGAAUAUAACAUAACAAGGUAUUAGAAUAAACAAUUAUAGUAACUCGUG